AUGGCUGGUGCAGCGCCCGCCUUUCGGGAGGCGUGUGCUUCAGGCGCUUGGUCUCAAGCAAUCCAAGCUUGCACAAAACUGCUCCGGAAUGACAAGGAGAAUGCAGGUGUAUUGUGCGACCGCGCCUUGUGCUACAUCCAGCUAGAUCUAAACAAGCACGCCAUCAAGGACUGCGACGCUGCGGUCAAGUGCGCAGCAUCUGAUCAGACUGCCAAAGCUCUGCUCAUCAAAGGUCAAGCAUUGACUAAACUGGGCCGAUUUUCAGAGGCCACUGCCAGCUGGCAGCAGGCCAGCGACCAUCUCCUAAAGGAGGAGAACUGCGCCGCAUUUGACCUCAGCCUCUUUCUCCGGCUGAGACAGCUGAUCAAGCCUCAGUCGCAACCAGAAUUUCCUGCCAGCAUUGCCCCCUCCUCUCAGAGCAGCGUAAGUAUGGCCACGAAUCCCCAAGCCCCUCCAUUCACCGACUCAGUCCAAAGUUUGGGAGCAUCUUCACCAGCAGAACAGGUCUCAGCGGAGGCAGGGUCUGGUUUAGCGGAUACACCGGCGCUGCUCAAAGAAGCGUCGAGCAGUGGUCAGCCUGGGCCGUCCAUCGAUGUGGAGAGCGCCUCCAGGCAUUCACACAUGUCAGAUGAAAACAAAGUCGGAAAGCAGGACGUUGAUGCGACAUUAGAAGGGCCCUCCUCCGCCGGCUCUGAACACUUUAGGGAUGUCAUUAAGCCAGCCAUUUCCGGCUCCAAUACCAGUGACGUACAGAGUCUCCCAACGGAUGACACUAUGAGUACGAGCGAUCGAAGCAGUCAGCCAAACGGUCACACCACCCCACAGAAAGCACCAAAGCCGGAGCCCCCUCCCAAUCCAGUGUCAAAUAAGCCUCCAUCUGAGACGUCCCGUAGUCGGACGUCCGAGGCCCUUCCCAACGGAAAGUCCAACGGCCGGGGUGCAGCGAGCCCGGGUCAAGGUGCCGGCAAGGGCAAAAAGACAGAGCCCGCCCCCGAGACAAAUGGAGCGUCAGGAUCGGGAAGGUCUUCUAGUCGGGGUGCUUCACGAAGUCGGAGAGGGGAUUGCGAGGCAGGGUCGCGGUCUGGGGGGGGUGCCAGCUGUAGCGGGCGGGAAGAACGGGCCGGAGACCGUGCGGAGAUCCGGGGGGCAAUUUCGAAAGAUUCGGGGGAUGAGAGCCGAGGGGACACGAGUGCUCGGGAAGGGGAUCGAGGGGCGCCCCACUGGAAAGCCGAAAAGGAUGUCGAGCUGCCGCCAAAGGUGAUCGUGAACGGGAUGGACUGGCGCGUCCAGACGGGGAUUCAAGAGGUGAACGCGGGGAAUCUGGACCGCGGAAUUGCUAUCUUUGACAAGAUCCUGGAAGACGAGCCCGCAAACGUCGGCGCGCUUAUCGGCAGGGGCAGCGCAUUUGCGAUGCAGUCCAACCAGUUCAAGCUGGGCCAGAGGGGGCGACCCGCAAUCACCGAGACAGACCUCAGGGCCCAUCAGCGGAAACUAGAGGCGGCCGUUAAGGACUUUAGCCUGGCGAUCCGGACCGAGCCACGCUUUGCGGACUCCUGGAGGCGGCGGGGGCAGGCCCGAGCGGCCAUGGGCCUCUUCAAAGAGAGCAUCAAGGAUUUGACGGAGGCGUUGCGACUAGAGCCAUCAUCGACCGAGACCCUCUCAGAAAGAGGCGGCUGCUACACGAAGCUGCGCGACUUCGCUCGUGCGGAAUCGGACUUCCGCGCGUGUUUGCAGCGGGACCCGCAGAACGCGGAGAUGCUUCGACUGCUGGGGCGGAGCCUCAUCUCCCAGGGGGAGUGCCGGGCGGGGAUCGAGACGCUGCUCAAGGCCGCCAAGCUCGACCCGGACGCGAAGGACAUAUACGCCAACAUCGCCCAGGCGUACAAGGAGAUCUCGGAUGCCGAACGGGCGACCAUGUACUUCGAGAAGGCGCUCGUCGCGAAAGAAGCGUCGCUGAACACGUAUCACCUCUGGGGGAUGAUGCGGUAUGGUCUAGGGGACCACAGGGGCGCUUUGGAUCUGUUCGACAAAGUGCUGAAGGUCGAGCCUCGCAGCUUAGAGUGCAAGUACUUCAAAGGAGCCUGCUUGCACGCCAUUGGACAAUACACCGAAGCGUUCAAAGAGUACAACGAUUGUCUGAGUAUCGAGAGCAGCGACGACAGCGUAGUCGUCGCCUACCUUGCCUUCUAUCAGCGCGAGGUAGCGCGGUACACCUUGGCAAAGCAGUGGGGGCCUUUGGAUGGGUUCAACAUCGACGAGGACCUGGAUCCACUCUUCAAAGAGGCGUGGUGUAAGAAGUUGAACCCGAUCACAGUGGCCGCCCAGUUGGACCUUAAAAAGCAGUGGGAGCCGGCGGAAAGAGUCCCCGGGGGAGAGCAGAGCGACGUGCGCGCGCGGAAUCGGCGGCAGCUGCUGACCCUGGCCGAUCUUAUCGGGCAACGCGUGCAGUACUCGUGCGAUGGGUUCCUGCGCAACAGCCGGCAGCAUCGGAUGGCGGGCUUAGCGGCUUUGGAGGUGGCCCAGUCCGUGAGUGCCACGUGGCAAGCCAUGUGGGAGGCACGCCAAGAGUCCGCGGCAGGCGACGAGGAGGCAGAGUCGCUCACGCAGGCGGAACAGCUGAAGGCACCAUUCGAGACGCCGCCCGCAUCUCCCUCCAAACCCCCCCCCAGCACUUCCGCCCCCGAUGCUGCUAACCCCACCCCCUCAGCUUUCAGCACCCCCCCACAAACCCCCGGGGGUACCAGCCCCCGGCCUAAACGAUCCCCCCGAAAAGUCAGCGGAAGCAGUCGGAAAGGAGGAGAGCGGGUUGGGACUCGGGGCCGGGUCAUGCGCUGGCGGGCGGUUUUUGACACCGUUGUGAAGUGGCGGCAGAUUGUGGAGCCGUGCGAUCCAGUAGUGUGGGUCGACAUGCUCAGUGAAAAGGAGUUCGCUGCCGGCUUUGGUUCCCACACGCCGCUCCUGCUGGGCCAACAGAAGGUUGUGCGCUACUACCCCAACUUUUUCCGGGCUUUCGCCGUCGCAAAGGAGCUGAUGCUGGUUAAGGACGAGGUGCGCAAUGCUCGGGACGUGCCGGUGUACCUGCUCGAGAAGGGGCAGCGCGCCGCGGUCGCCGCGGCCGCAGACUGCGGCGCGCUGUAUGACGUCAUCAAGGAGGACUUCUGGAUCUCGACGCCGUGUUACAGUUUGGCGCACCCAGGCAAGGUGCUGGACGGCACGCGGCUGACUCUGCAGAAGCAGCGGGACGUGGACGACGCGUACGAGUUCUCCAUUCGGACGCCGUGCACGCCGGACCGCUGGAAGAAGUUCGACAAGGAGCUCGCGUGCGCCUGGGAGGCCGUGUGCUUGGCGGCAUGCGCCCGGUUGGAGCGCCCCAACGACCCGGAGUACAGCAGGCGCCUCUGGGACAGCAUCCUCACCCUGGUUUUUUACUGGUACAACUUCAUGCCGCUAUGCCGAGGGACGGCGGUCGUGGGCUACAUCACGCUCUUGGGCCUUUUUCUGGCCGCAGGCAUGGAGGUGACGGCGACCAUCCCCCCGGGUCUUCAGGUUGACUGGGAGGCCAUUCUGACCCCCGACGUCGGCGUGUUCGCAUCCGCGGUCCGGCCCUGGCUGUACCCGUCCCUGAAGCCGAUCGACUUGAUGGGCGAUGCCGGGGGCGCAAAGUCCGUGCCCCGGGUGGUGGACGCUUUUCCGACCGUCCAGUCUGUGGUGUCCGCGCUCAGCACGGCGGAGGCCAAGUGGAGAGAUGUGGAGAGGGGAUAAAGGAGAACCAGAGGGAAUUAGCGCGUUCUCUACAUGAGUGAAAGUUGGUAUUGUCGGAGGGUUUCGGCCGGUUGCUAUGAAGCAAUGCCGUAUUGGCAGAUGAGGACGCGUAUGUGGGCUAAGUGCAAGCUAGCACUUCAAUCGGAAGAAGUUACUGCGAUUUGAGUCGAUAAAUAGCAUCACAAGAUCAAACUGAUACUUUGCAUCAAUCAAAUUUAGCACCUAGCGAUUUGAGUCACCAGCUCAAACCUAACAGUAGUCUAGCUACAAAGGAAGUUACCGUCGGUGUAAGAAAACCGUUUAAGCAUUUAUUGAACGCCAGGCUAAGAGAGCCCUAACAGUGAAACCUUUUUCGAGUCAUCUUGAAAAUGUUC